AUGCGCGGAUCCCCGGGCUCUUCCCUGUCGAUUGUCACCGUCACUGUCCACUGGAGUUGUCUGGCCUGCUUUCCCCGCGACCAAUCUUCUCCACCGCUUGGAGUUUGGGCAGAUCUCACUCAAUUCAUAUAUAUCGUCAAGAUGUCGAUGAUUUUCAAGCGCUCAAUGGCUACCGCCGCCUCGUUCAAGAAGGCCGGCAAGGUCGUGUGCAUCGGCCGCAACUAUGCCGACCACGUCAAGGAGCUCAACAACACCCGCCCCAAGCAGCCCUUCUUCUUUCUGAAGCCCACCUCCUCCAUCCUGCUCCCCGGCGCCGGCCCCGUCCUGAGGCCCAAGGGCGUCGACAUGCACUUUGAGGUCGAGCUGGCCCUCAUCCUCGGCAAGCAGGUCAAGGACCUCAAGCCCGACGACUACAAGGGCGCUCUGGCCGCCAUCGAGGCGUACGCCGUCUCCAUCGACAUGACGGCGCGCAACGCCCAGAACGAGGCCAAGAAGAAGGGCCUGCCCUGGGACAUCGCCAAGGGCUUCGACACCUUCCUGCCCAUGAGCGACGUCAUCGCCAAGUCCGCCAUCACGGACCCGCACGACGUCGAGCUCUUCCUCAAGGUCAACAACGAGACCAAGCAGGACGCCUCGACCAACCUGAUGCUCUUCCAGAUCCCGCGCAUCCUGAGCGACAUCUCCAAGGUCAUGACCCUCGAGCAGGGCGACAUCGUGCUCACGGGCACCCCCGCGGGCGUCGGCCCGGCCGUGCCUGGGGACGUCAUCCGCGCCGGUAUCCGUGUGGGCGGUAAGGAGCUCGCUGAGGGCAAGAUUGAGGUCGCGGUGGAGGAGUCGCCUAGCUCGUACGUCUUUGCGGAGACAUGA